AUGGCUGGUGUUGAGGUUGAGAAAACAGUACCAAACACAGAAGAGAAGACGAUGACCGAGAUGCCUAAGGAAACCGUUCACACGACAGAUGACUCAGUUACUGCGGUUGAAGUGGAAAUAAAAGAAGAAGAAGUACCAAAGGUAGAGAAAGAGACAGAAAAAAACGAGACAGUUCCGGUUAAAGAGGAGAAACCGGUUGAAAUUCCGGCAGCUGUGGAAGAGAAAGCUGUCAAGCCGGCGGCACAAGAGGAGAAGACUCUUGAAGUCAAGACAGCGUAA